AGUUGCUCAUAAAAUAAUAUUGAGCUAAAAUGGAUUUCAUUGAUUUAAAAAAAUUAAGCGAAAUGCUGAAUCCACCAAAUGAAAAUUCUUCGGACAGUGAAGAUGAUCUUCCAAAAUCAUCUUUAGUGCAACUUUGUAAGUCAAAAGCAGGAAAAGAUAUGACAAUCUUAACAAACGAAUCUAUAAAAAAAAUCGAGGAAAAAAAUCAAAAAAAAAUCGAAUUAAUAGAGUCGGAAGAAGAGAAAGCUAAGAACAUUUGGCAAGAGGAAGAGAUCGUAGUUGCUCCAGAAGCGAUUGAUGUCGUUUUAGACACUAGAGUUAGACCUGAAUAUGAUGUCAAGUAUCAACAAUAUGUUGGAACAGAAGAUGCGUUUUUACAAAUGGGUCCAAAGACUCCACUGACUUCCAGUUGUGAAGCGAUGGUGAUUGAAGUGAAAAUGCCUGGAGACUGUAUGCCAGGAAUUUGUACAGAUAUAACAGACGACGCUGUUGAUAUUCGCAGUCCUAAAUAUAGAUUGCAUGUACCUUUUCCACAUAAUGUGCACAAACAGAUGUCGAAGGCUUUGUGGAAUUCCUCAACCAAUAUUCUUACAGUAACUGUAUUCCUAAAACGUGAAUAUGAUGAUAUCAAUUUCUGAUAUGUAGUGCGAAAUAUUUACUUCUUAUUU